UUAGUUACCCCGUUGCAAAGUCGCAUCCCGCACUGGGGCUGGAUUUGGCGGGGAACGUUUUGUUUACAAACAUGACGGCGGCCAGGGAGGAGGACCUGCGCCUCAUCAUAGGGAGGCUGGAGGCUCUCGGGUGCAAUGAGCUGGAGACGCUUGAGCCCCACUGGGUCCACUCAGUGCUGGUGUCACCCGGGCGGCCCAGACAAAGCCUCCUGAUGUGGGUGUUCGCUCAUCUCUGCCCGAGUGAAUUUGACAGGCUAUCCUCCGUCCCGCCGCUGGCACACCCUCAGAAAAUCCUUCAGAGCCUGAUAUGCAUGGGACUUUGUCUGCCCGGGGACAUAGAUAUUAUUGAGGGAUCAGCACCAGAGGCAACACAGAUCAAGUUUUGGAAGACCUGUCUGGACACCAUCCACCACCUGCAGAACUUUUCUCAACCAGGCAAAAAGGAAACGUCAGACCCCCAGCUGGCCUCCCUGCUGCUCAGCCACCUGGCCCACUCCCCGCACCUGCUGCCCACUCUCAAGGGUAGUGAGACGAGCCUUGUACCGGAGGACCUGCUGAACAAGUAUCAUGCCUGGCAAAGACAACGCAAUCACACUCCCGUAUCUGAGUCACUGAAGAAAUUGGAGAACCAUCUUAGUGAGGAAAAAGAAAAAUGUAAACCACUUGAGAAGUGGCAUGAGACGCUAUCCUCUGAGGAGCACCAGCACCUACAGACCAGCAUAGAGGGUGCCCUGACCAGCCUCACCAAGCAACAGGAGGUACUGCGAAGCGUGCACACCACCUACAUCGCCCCCUGGACAGCCUCAAACACCCAGCUGGAGCUCCCCACCACCGGGCCGCUGGUGGAGCAGGCGCACUCCAAACUCUCAUCAAUAAUCAAGGAUCUCAAAGGCACCGAGGAAAUCCUGCAGAACUGCGAGGAGCUUGAGGAGCAGAAGAGGACCAUCCUGAAGGACACGCAGCAUCCCUCCUCCAUCAUCACAACGCUCCACUCCCUCGUGGCCGACUCAGGCAGACAGCACGAAGUUGCAUGACACUAAUGACACUUUCCAGCCUAUUUCUUAUUGGAUUAUGUUAUGUUGUUUCAUGAGUUAGGAUAGGCUGGUGCAUUGGUUGGUGAGACCUUUCAGUUCUUUGCCUGACGGUUCACCCUAGCAUGGCUCAUAGGGAAAGGUCAUCCAGAUAAGAAUGACUGAUCGUUACUUCACCAUGCAAACAGAACACGACGGAACCCUAGCUAUCAUGCAGCUCUUAGAGACAGCAUCCGAGUAUUAUGUUUUAUUCUUAAAUGUUUUAAAUUGGUUCUCUACUGGACUUGAGUUUUACCGAAGACGUAUGGAUGAUGGAAGCAAGCAGAGUGUUAUGUUAUUAUACAGUUCUUUGCUUCUUGGAUUGUAAAAGAGUAUUAAAGUUUCUAUAAAGUUCA